AUGAGAAAAAAUAUAAUUCAAAGAGUUUUUCUUAAUAAUAAGAAUGUUAAAUUUAGUAAUGUGUAUAAACGAGGGUAUUUUAAUAAUAUUCUCUUGAAUAAUGAAAUGAAAUAUGUAUGUAAUAGUUUCUUCAAAGAAAGGAAUUUCUUUAUAAAAAAUGAAGGAAAAAGCGUAAAUUUUUUUUCGACAGAAAAAGAGGAAGUGAACGUAUUUAGUAAGGAACAGGUUGAAGAAAAAGUUUUGACCGUUUUAAAAAAAUACUUACCUGAUGGUGUUGAAAUUAAAUAUGAUGAAGAAUUAGAAAAGAACAAAACAAAAGAUAAUAGGGCAUGGGACUUUUUAGAUACCGUCGAAUUUUUAAUAGAUAUUGAAUCCGAGUUUAAUAUUACAAUACCUGAUGAAACAGCAGACAACAUAAAAACAGUGAAAGAAAUAAUAGAUUAUUUGGUUCAGUUGAACAUUAAAAAGGAAUAA